UAUUGAUUUUGACUUCCGACUUUUAAUUUUUCGGAGUCCAGUUUUUCUUUCGAGUUUUGUUCAUGAUUUUCUCUCCUUCUCAAAUCUCUCUCUCAUGUUAACUAGCUCCAGACGAAUCAGCAAAACACAUCGCCAUCGCUAGGGUUUUACGAUCGACAACUCCAAAACUUGUCUCUUCCUCCCCACUUGAUUUCUGGUGUUACUGCAAUGCACCGUGUAGGUAGUGCAGGUAAUACGGCCAACUCUUCUCGCCCUCGAAAAGAAAAGAGACUGACAUAUGUGUUGAGUGAUGCUGAUGAUACUAAGCAUUGUGCUGGCGUAAAUUGUUUGGACUUGUUAAAGUCAUCUGCAUCUGGAGGGUGUGAUUUUCUCUUCACUGGGAGCCGUGAUGGCACCCUAAAGAGAUGGGCACUGGAUGAAGAUUCUGCGACUUGCUCAGCUACAUUUGAGUCACACAUUGACUGGGUAAAUGAUGCUGUCAUUGCUGGUGACAAUACACUUGUUUCCUGCUCUUCAGACGCCACUCUCAAGUCAUGGAAUUGCCUCUCUGAUGGAACCUGCGUCAGGACUCUCCGUCAGCAUACUGACUAUGUCACUUGUCUUGCUGCAGCAGAAAAAAAUAGCAAUGUUGUUGCCUCUGGUGGCCUUGGUGGGGAGGUCUUCAUAUGGGAUAUUGAAGCUGCAGUUACUCCGCGGUCAAAGUCAAGUGAUGCAGUGGAAGACGAAUGUUCAAAUGGUGACAGCGGUUCUGGGAAUUCAUUACCCAUGACGAGUUUACGCACCAUUGGCUCAAGCAACAACAUUUCUUCGCAGACAACUCAGUCUAAUGGACAUGUCCCUGUUGCUGCCAAAGGUCAUAAGGAGUCUGUUUAUGCAUUGGCAUUGAAUGAUAGUGGAACCCUUCUUGUAUCUGGUGGAACAGAGAAGGUAGUGCGUGUUUGGGACCCAAGAACCGGUUUGAAGACCAUGAAACUAAGAGGACAUACAGAUAACAUCAGGGCUUUACUUCUAGACUCCACUGGCAGGUUUUGCUUAUCAGGAUCUUCUGACUCUAUGAUCAGAUUAUGGGAUCUUGGACAGCAGCGUUGUGUGCAUUCUUAUGCAGUGCAUACUGAUUCCGUGUGGGCGCUUGCCAGCACACCAACAUUCAGUCAUGUUUAUAGUGGCGGAAGGGACUCUUCUUUAUACCUGACAGACUUGGCGACGAGGGAGAGUCUCUUGCUUUGCACAAAGGAGCAUCCCAUUCUGCAAUUGGCACUGCAUGAUGAUAGUAUAUGGGUUGCAACAACGGAUUCUUCAGUUGAUAGAUGGCCCUCUGAGGGACGGAGUCCUCAGAAGGUUUUUCAGAAAGGUGGGUCAUUUUUGGCCGGAAACUUGUCUUUCUCAAGAGCGAGAGUUUCUUUGGAAGGAUCUACCCCUAUGCCUGUAUAUAAGGAACCGGCGUUAACCAUUCCUGGAACUCCAGGAAUAGUGCAGCAUGAAAUUUUAAAUAACAGAAGGCAUGUAUUGACUAAGGAUACUACUGGCUCAGUGAAGCUAUGGGAAAUUACCAAGGGGGUCGUGGUUGAGGACUAUGGAAAGGUUUCUUUUGAGGACAAAAAGCAAGAAUUAUUUGAGAUGGUCAGCAUCCCUGCAUGGUUCACUGUGGAUACAAGGCUUGGAAGUUUGUCUGUUCAUUUGGACACACCACAAUGUUUUUCUGCAGAGAUGUAUUCGGCAGAUCUUAACAUUUCUGGAAAACCUGAAGAUGAUAAGGUUAAUCUAGCUCGUGAAACCCUUAAAGGUCUAUUGGUUCAUUGGUUAGCCAAAAGGAGACAGAGACUUGGAUUGCAAGCUUCACCUAAUGGGGAUGUUAUGUCUGGGAAGGAUAUUGCUGCUAGAAGUCUUACUCAUUCUAGGAUUGAGGUAGAUGGCAAUGCUGAAAAUGACUCCAAGGUGUAUCCUCCUUUCGAAUUUUCAACAGUUUCCCCUCCUUCAAUUAUCACUGAAGGAUCUCAAGGAGGACCAUGGAGGAAGAAAAUAACUGAUUUAGAUGGAGCUGAAGACGAGAAGGACUUCCCUUGGUGGGUUCUAGAUUGUGUUUUAAAUAACCGGCUUCCGCUGAGAGAAAAUACGAAGUGCAGCUUUUAUCUGCAUCCCUCUGAAGGUUCAGCUGCCCAGAUACUUACACAAGGCAAACUAAGUGCACCUCGCAUAUUGAGAAUACAUAAAGUUGUCAAUUAUGUAAUAGAGAAGAUGGUCCUCGAUAAACCAUUGGAUAGUGUAAACCCUGAUGCAGCAUUUUCUCCUGGACUUGGUGGGGGGUCAUUACAACAUUCAUCCGUUGGAGAUGGAUCUUUCCGGCCUGGGGUGAAGUCUUGGCAAAAGCUGAGGCCUUCUAUAGAAAUCUUAUGCAAUAAUCAGGUCUUACCCCCAGACAUGAGCUUAGCCACGGUGAGGGCUUAUAUAUGGAAGAAACAAGAGGAUGUCGUCCUCAACUACAGAGUGGUUCAGGGUCGGUAAUGGUGUAAGACUUUGCGAAGCGACUUAUCUCUCAAGACCUUGUAAAUUCGGAAAAGCUGGUUGAUUUUUGAUCCUGCCAUGUAGAUCAUAGACAAGGUGGUAAUACAAAUUUUACACAUUCAAGAUUCUGCCGGGACGCUGCAAAAGUCUUAGGCGAAGCAUGCAUGUGGCUGUAAAAAGGUAUAUGCCAGUUGCAGAUAUAUGACAAGUAUCUCAACAACUUUCAUGUCCAGGUGCCGAACUACAAUUAUAAUGGCGAAAGCUUUGUCGAUUUUCUAUCUUUGGGUACAAUACUUAGCUGUAGGACUGUUUACAGUGAUUAUUAUUUUUUUGUUUUAUAACCAGUACGGUAGGAAAUUGUGAUGAAUUACCAUUUAUAUAGUGUAUUUAAUUAUUUAUUCCUCCUUU